AUGAGUCGUCCGACGCCCCGUAAGUCGCGGCACAACCGCCAUCCCUCCAACCGCAUCCCCGCCAUCUCCGACUACGAAUCCGACGCCGCAGUCAUGACCUCCGCCUACGAGGCUCCCCCGCCACGAACAAACACCGAGCUCAACCUCUCCGUCCUGCAGCGCUACCUGCCCUCCAUCAGCAGGAUCCUCAGCAUCGCCGCCAACGCCGUCGUCUACACCUUCGACGCCGCCGCCCAGAGCUGGGAAAAGUCCGGCAUAGAGGGCACCAUGUUCGUCUGUGCGCAGACGCCGCUGCCAGAGGACGUCGACCACCGGCCGAGAGCGUGCGUCUUUGUGCUGAGUCGACGAGGGUUGGAUAACGUGGUUGUCGAUCUGGCGAGGGUCGGUCAUGUGGAGCUUAUGGGUGAGCUGGUGAUUCUCAAGGUUGAAGGCGACUGGGAAGCAGACGAGAAGGUGGUUGGACUGUGGAUUCACAAUGAUGAGGAAAAUACGAGGGCAACAAAUGGCGCCAUUAUUGAGGAGAGCUGGAAGAUUGCGCGAGCUGCUGGGACGGUGUCGAACGAGGGACCAGAAGCUGGGCCGGCGAUGCAGGCAAUAGGACGGCCGCUAACGCUUAACGAGCUGUUUGGGAGACAGAAGGAGGCUACUGGAAGUUGA